UGAACUGCAUCACAGCUAAGGAUUAGCAUCGUCUCCCAGCUUUCUGCUCUCCCCAUCAUGAGCCGUCAAUUCACCUACAAGCACGGAGCUGUCACCAAAGGGAGCUUCAGCGGCUGUUCUGCAGUGCUCUCUGGGGGCAGCUCAUCCUCCUACCGUGCAGGGGCCAAAGGGUUCAGUGGGGGCUUCAGCAGUCGGAGUUUCUACAGCCCGGGGGGUGCUCGGAGCAUCCCCUUCAAUGUGGCCAGUGGCUCUGGGAGGGUAGGGGGCUAUGGGUUUGGCCGGGGUUGGGCCAGUGGCUUUGCUGGCAGCAUGCUUGGCAAUGUGGCUCUAGGCCCCUCAUCUCCAUCCCUGUACCUGCCUGGGGGCAUCCACCAGGUUACUGUCAACAAGAGCCUCUUGGCCCCCCUCAAUGUGGAGCUGGACCCGGAGAUCCAGAAGGUGCGCGCCCAGGAGCGGGAGCAGAUCAAGGCGCUCAACAACAAGUUUGCCUCCUUCAUUGACAAGGUGCGUUUUCUAGAGCAGCAAAACCAGGUGCUGCAGACCAAGUGGGAGCUGUUGCAGCAGCUGGACCUGAACAGCUGCAAGAAGAACUUGGAGGCCACUUAUGAGGGCCACAUCAGCAGCCUGCAGAAGCAGCUGGAGAUGCUGUCUGGGGACAGGGUGAGGUUGGACUCGGAGCUCAGGAGCAUGAGGGACACGGUGGAGGACUACAAGAAGAGGUACGAAGAGGAAAUAAACAAGCGCACAACUGCAGAGAAUGAUUUUGUGGUGCUUAAGAAGGACGUGGAUGCAGCAUACAUGAGCAAGGUGGAGCUACAGGCCAAGGUGGAUGUCCUGGAGAGAGAAAUCAAGUUUUUCAAGUACCUAUAUGAGGGGGAGAUCGCUCAGAUGCAGUCCCACAUCAGCGACACAUCUGUCAUUCUAUCCAUGGACAACAACCGGAACCUGGACCUGGACAGCAUCAUUGCUGAGGUCCGUGCUCAGUAUGAAGACAUCGCCCUGAAGAGCAAGGCUGAGGCCGAGGCACUGUACCAGACCAAGUUCCAGGAGCUGCAGCUGGCUGCUGGCCGGCACGGAGAUGACCUCAAACACACCCAGAAUGAGAUCUCAGAGCUGACCCGGCUUGUCCAGAGGCUGCGCUCGGAGAUUGAGAGUGUGAAGAAGCAGUGCUCCAAUCUGGAAACAGCCAUUGCUGACGCAGAACAGCGAGGUGACUGUGCCCUCAAAGAUGCCCGAGCCAAGCUGGAUGAGCUGGAGGGUGCCCUGCAGCAGGCCAAGGAGGAGCUGGCCCGGAUGCUGUGCGAGUACCAGGAGCUCAUGAGCGUGAAGCUGGCGCUGGAUGUGGAGAUCGCCACCUACCGCAAGCUGUUAGAGGGCGAGGAGUGCAGGAUGUCCGGGGAAUACACAAACUCUGUGAGCAUUUCAGUCAUCAGCAGCUCUACGGCUGGGACAACAGGUGCAGGUGCUGGCUUUGGGUUUGGUAGCACCGGCUCCUAUGGCUACCGGCCCAGCUCUGUCAGUGGGGCUUAUGGCAUGCUGUCAGGGGGCUGUGUCACCGGCAGUGGGAACUGCAGCCCCCUCGGGGAGGCCAAAACCAAGCUGGGCAGUGCAAGUGAAUUCAAGGAUGUCCCAGGGAAGACCUUGGCUCUGAGUGUACCCACCAAGAAAACCAUGAGAUGAAGUGACAGCCAGCUCUGCAACAUCAGCCCCACUCUUGUUUCUCUGGACUCCCUUCUCUAGGAAAUUCCUCUGUCCUAUUUGUCAUCAUCUCCUUCUUGCUUUUCGCCAUUGCCAUUUCCUUCUUUUCCACUUCUUUGCCUUAGUCUUUUUAAAAUCUGAAUCAGGACUCUAGGGCUGGAGUCUUCUCACCCAUCUUUCUGUUUCCUCCAUACAAAGAGACUUCUUAACUCAGCUUCCCCUUCCUGAUGAGAACCUGGCCAUUAAUUUGCCUGCAUGUUGCCUUGUAGAGGAAAGUUCUCACUUACAAAUGGCCCCAAGUCUCCCACUGCCCUUCAAAUCCUGGCUCAGAGAGUCAUCUGGGCAUGUGCUCUCUGGACACAUGGUGGUUUAGGGGCACUGGUGGACAUACAGGAACUGUUGCCUGCUUGCUCCAACUCUGGCCAGACACCUCGUCACAGGUUGAAGGUGGCAUGGCCACUGACCAUGAAUCCCCUUAUGGCUGUUUUCUUUCCAAAUAUGGCAUUUGAACUCUCGGUCUGUGAGUUCUUGCCCUUGCUUAGGUUCCUUUCUCUGCUUCCUGUGUCUCACCAAUAAACUUCUAAAAUUCACACAGGAUCAGGCUGCUUCUCUCUUCUGAGGGAAUCCUCAUCUCAGGCCUUGUCUCUUCUGUGUGUGAUGUCACGGAAUGGGGAGCCCACGGUAUCUAGGCUUCUCUGCUCCAUCCAGUCCUCAAAAUAUCAUUUGAUCUGAGUUGAAAGAGUUCCUGCAGGGACUGGAGGAUGCGACCACCACCUUCCCUGACACCCAGCAUUCACCUGCACUCCCCCAUGCACUUCUAACUCAUGCUUUCCUUAGGCCAAUGGUACAGAGAAUGCCCAAUCUUUGGAAACAUCCAUAUUAUCAGU